AUCUGGGGGUCCCCAUCCUCAGCCCUCCCUCUCCUCCCCAUUGUCCCAGUGUCCAUCACAUGUGGCCAUUCAUGGCUGGCUGUUGUGGUCCCGCCUGCUCUCCUGGGAUCCCGUGUGUCCAGUGGGGAGCUGACCCUGGGAUCCGGCUGUGGAGUGACCACUGCUGAUGGGGAUGGGCUCCGGCUGGAGCAUCCGCUCACGGACUGUGGGACCACGCUGGAGCUCCUCCCGGAUACCAUCCACUACAGCAACAUCCUCCACUACAGACCCACGGCCAUGGGCCCUGUGGCUCGUGCCAGGCCCUUCUCCCUGCCCGUGGACUGUUAUUACCCCAGGACAGGCAGCGUCUCCUCCAGCGCCAUCCAGCCCACUUGGGUCCCCUUUGGCUCCACCGUGGCUCAUCGGAGACGCUUGCGCUUCGCCCUGGAUGUGUAUGACAGUACCUGGUCCUCCCGCCUGCUCCAGCCCAUCUAUUCCCUGGGGGAGCUGAUGAACAUCGAGGCAUCAGUGAGCACCGGCCCCGUCCUGCCCAUGAGGGUCUUUGUGGAUGAGUGUGAGGCCACCUCAAGUGUGGUGGCACAGCCGAGGUACAAGGUCAUUGCUGACAAUGGGUGCCUGUUGGAUGGACAGCUCGGCCGGUCCCGCUUCCUACCCCAGCGUGGGGAUCGCUUCCUCCGCUUCCAGCUGGAUACCUUCCGCUUCCCAAACACCUCUAGCAGCCAGAUCUACCUCCGCUGCCACCUGAAGGCUGUGGCCGAGGGGGCUGACAGCACCAUGGGCAAAGCCUGUUCCUAUGAUCCCGUAUCCCAUUCCUGGCAUUCCUUGGAUGGAGCCGACUGCUCCUGUUGUGGUUCCCCAUCUGGCUGCAGGCGCAGGCCCCGGCGAUUCGCCAACAGCAGAGCGCUCCUGGGGGAAGCCACCAUCCACCUCGGUCCCUUGGGGCUGCUCCCAGCUCUUCCCAGCUCAUCCCUGCUCCCCACAGCAUUCCCUAUGGCACCAGAGCCAUCACCUCGCAGCUCCUCAGUGCCCAUAGUGCGGGGCGAGAACAGGGACUCGGGCCUGGCUGUCCCCGUCCCUGGCACCACAUUGGCCAUGGUGGCCAUGAGCUCCAUCCUCGCUGCUGUGGCCAUGACCGGGUGCUAUUGCUCCAUGCGGAGGCACCGGGGUGAGAACAGAGUGGGGGGGCCCGAGACAGCUCCAGGGGAGCCCUGUGCUAUGGUCAUGGCCCCCACCACAACCGGGGGCACCCCUGGCACCUCCCCUGCUUGUGGGGACCCUGCCAUGGUGUGA